UGAUAUGGAGGAGAGCAAAACCCUAUCAGGCCUCGAGGAAUCAGGCUUCUGCCUGAAAGCCACGGUCUCCUCUCACCCGUCCCUCCAGCGCUGUGACUCACGGCCCACGCGGUUGUGGAUGAACAGAUACACCAGACAUCAGAUGCCAGUGUGACAAGACUAACGACACUGUCAAAUGCGAGGCCGUCGUAUCCAGACAAGUAAACUUCACCUGGAUGUCCUGCUCUCAGCUCAACGACUGUCAGAAAGACUCCCCUCACUGGAGAGAGAUCCCAGGCACCGCCCAAGAGGACUCUAAUUCGUCCUGUAACAGGACGAUUCCCAGAUCUAUAGGCGCGUUAGCAGUGUCUGACGACUAUGUAAGGUUUUGCAUCCAAACUUCUUUAGGCUCCUGGUGCAGCGAUCUGCAGCAUUGCAAACCUGCAAUGCUCUCCUUUGUAAAGGGUACCCAAGAUGACAACUCUACUGCACUGAAAGCAGGCAGUUUGUUCUUAUUCGUGGCUUUGAUGGUAGUCUGCCUGGUGCUCAUGUACUUUGUCAAAAAGAAGAAACCCAAGUAUCAGAGCCAGCUCCAAAUGAUCCAGAUGGUGGGGCCCAGUGACAAUGAUUACAUCUAUAUAAACUUCAAGGACCUCGAGUAUGACCGGAAAUGGGAAUUCCCCAGGGAGAAUCUUGAAUUGGGUAAGGAGUUGGGCUCCGGGGCCUUCGGCAUGGUUGUCCAGGCUACAGCCUUCGGCAUCAACAAGCCUGGGGUCUCGCAUCAAGUGGCUGUCAAGAUGCUUAAAGAGAAACACCACUCGGUGGAGAAGGAAGCGCUGAUGUCAGAGCUGAAGAUGCUGACCCACAUUGGUCACCAUGCCAAUAUUGUUAACCUGCUAGGGGCAUGCACAAGCUCAGGACCCACAUACCUGAUCUUCCAGUACUGUUGUUAUGGAGACCUGCUGAACUACCUAAAGACCAACAGGGGGCGCUACCACAAGUCUCUGACGGAUGCCUUCAACAAGGACCGCUUUACCAGUCUCUACCAUAACGUGCAGCACAAGACAAGCUCGAGCGAGUUCCAAGGACAGACAGCCGACUUCAUACAGACUGAUCCCUCCGUCCCCAAGAGGCACGAAACCGAUGCCCUUCUCAGCCUCAAUUCUAGCUCUAUGGACCCCUCUAGAGGGCCAGGGAUGUACGAGGAGGCAGAGGAAGAAGUGAAGGAGUCGCAAGCACUGACCUAUGACGACCUGCUGGGUUUCGCCUACCAGGUGGCCAAGGGCAUGGAGUUCCUCUCCUCCAAGAACUGUAUCCACCGGGACCUGGCAGCUCGCAACGUGUUGGUGUCUAAAUGUAGACAGGUGAAAAUUGGCGACUUUGGACUGGCCCGGGACAUUGACAAUGACUCCAACUAUGUCGUGAGAGGAAACGUGCGUCUGCCGGUGAAGUGGAUGGCGCCAGAGAGCAUCUUCCAGGGAAUGUACACCAUUAAGAGUGACGUCUGGGCCUAUGGCAUCCUUCUCUGGGAGAUCUUCUCGCUAGGUGUCACUCCAUACCCUGGGGUUAAAGUGGACAACAAAUUCUACGCAAUGAUUGAGAGGGGCUUUAAGAUGGAGUGUCCGUAUUAUGCCAGCGAUUCUCUCUACCGGAUGAUGUGUGAGUGCUGGGCCCUGGAGCCUUGUGACCGGCCUCCGUUCUCCAAGUUGGAGACUUUUAUGGAUGUCCAGCUGAGAGGCACAGUGGCGGAGCUCUACCAUAAUGUGCCGGAUAGGAACACCAUGGACCCCAUCUACCAGAAUGCAAAAGACGAUGCCGAUAUAUCAGCACUGACCAAAGAGAAGGAGAAUCCGACACAGUCCCACAACGAAUACUGCCAGACCUAUGCUACUGAGGAAAUGCCAUCGCCACUUCCCGACGCUGACGCCUCGACAGCUGAUGGCAAACACUUGAUCCCGGAUGAUUCUGGGAGUCAUCUGUAAACGUACUUGCUGAUAUUUCCUGGUACCCGAUGCCCAUCUGUAUUUGCUCCUAAAGGAGGCAAACUCCUCAGCCUAACUUUGAUUAUGCAGCCUAUUAAACAUUUCCUUUGUAAUAGUAAUCAAACUGCAGCUCGCAGAGGAGCUCUAAUGCAUUUGUUGUAUAUUUUACUCAUGGACACAUCGUCAGUUCUUCGGGGGGGGGGGGGAUCCUUGGUUGGCUUGGGUGGGACCUGUAGCAUUUAGACUCAUGAGAUUGAAGCAGACUCUUGGGCUGACGCCACUGGUAUUUUGGCACGUUGCAACACAGCUAGUUCGUUGAACUUAAAUGGCAGAAACUAACAUUUCAGAAAUGUUGAGAUUAUAUUACGGCGUUCUUGUGUAACAGAAAGCUUCAUCGGUGCAGCUAACCUGUGCUAGGUUCAGAAUAGAUGAAGGGUUCUGAUAGAUGACGUUUUAGUUACAGGAGUCGUUUGAUUAAACAAUAGGCUAUCAGCGUUACAUCAACAGAACGAGAAGGUGUAUUGUUAUAUUUUUUACUCUUUAUUUGCUGAUGAUAGCUGAACUUAUUUUAGAUGUGUCAACAUGGUGCUCUGCUAACAGGCUGCUACAUCGCCAGCAGCUUUCAGUAUUAAUGGGCGGUUGAGCGUUAUUGCAAUGCUCUUAUGUUGUGUUUUCUGAGGUUGUCACAGCAGCCAACUGGUUCCAACAGUAUGUAUGGUUUUUUAUUCUUUUUCAAAAUGUUGUAUUCUAUUUUUUUUUCCUUGAUUUGAAAAAAAAUGUUUUAAUUGAAUGUGGCAAUCUAUUUUAUAUAUAUAUAUAAUUCUGAAUUUGUUCCUACAA